GUUCGCGUAUAGUCAGGGAGAACGUUCUAUAUAUGACGUCGCAGUUGUUCCGUCUGGUGAACAGAAUGACCGUACACGGAUAUCCAACUGGACCCCCUCGGGAGACAUGUUUAACGAUGUUUCCAAAACAUGAUGGCCACCAACGCCAGACGACACCGUGUCCUUUCCUGCUGACAGUAAAUACAUACAGAUAUUCUCCGUCAGAAACUCUACAAUUGACAGUAAGUGGAAUGCUGUCUGGACAAAGAUUAAAGGGCAUACAGAUUCGGGCACGACCUAAGUAUGGGGACAUAGAGCGAGUUGUGGGACAGUUCGUUGAAUGGCCAACAAACAAAACGCAAGCCUAUGACUGUUUUGGUGGCAAAAAUAAUAUGAUUACACACAGCAAUGACAUAUCUGUUUCUUCCAUUGAAAUGAAAUGGACUGCUCCGAAUGUAUCGGUAGGAGACAUUAAAUUUGUAAUUACUUACGUUGAGAACUUUACAGCAUUCUGGGUGAACGAGAUUGUUGAACUUUCAGCUAGUGUGCCAGUAACAGAAACGCCGAUAGAACAGCUCUCCCUAACGUUUGAGGUAAUCGACUGGUUUGAAUGCGGAAGGACUAAAGGCUGUUUCCUGUAUCCAAGAACAUGUUCCGGUCGCGACUGUUAUGCAGGGGUUACAUAUAAAGUCAUCAAUGACUCGGUUGAAUUUGAAAUGUUUGGUUCACAGGAAGGAUAUGUUGCUGUUGGCUUCUCUGAUGAUAAACAAAUGGGUGAUGAUGAAACAAUUACAUGCACCACAGGUGAAGUUGGGACUGGUAUACAGCGAGGAUAUAACCAUUUAAAACAUGAUAAUGAACAACAAUUUAAGCACGACUUAUUUGAUAUACAAGGAACCUAUAAAGACGGGAGAUUGUAUUGCAGGUUCAAACGUCCUUUGUCAAUGUUUGUUUACAUUGGAGAGGGGCAUAAAUCCAGGAAACAUUACGACUUAUCUGAUAACUAUUACCUUAUGCUUGCAUGGGGACCGAUGUAUGAAGGUACUGAUGUUAUAUCAAAGCACAUAGAACUGCCUCCUGUAUCUGAUGUGAAAGUUAAUUUUCAAGAAAGUGUCGUGGUCAGGGGAUCAUCAUUACCAAUAGCUAAACAAAUACAUGGCGUCUUUAUGCUGGUUGGUUGGAUGUGGCUAAUUUGUACUGCAACAAUUAUUGCAAGAUAUUUUAAAGAUGGUUUCAAUAAUAGAAUAAUAUGUGGAAGCAAAGUAUGGUUUCAGAUUCACCGAGCCCUGGCAAUUAUAACAUGGUUGUUAACUGUAGCAAGCUUCGUCUUGAUAUUUGUAGUGGUCGACAAAUUAAAAACGAAGUCGGAUAGCCAUAGUUUUCUAGGUAUUACUGUGACAGGUGCUUCAACUCUUCAACUUUUAACUGGUAUUUUACGACCAAAUCCCGAUUCAAAACUGAGAAAGAUAUUCUAUUGGGGUCACUGGUUCUUAGGAAAAAGUACAGUUAUUUUAGCAGCCGUGACAUGUUUCUUCGCCUUCAACAACAGAAUAAUUCCCCAGCCUCAAAAAUACUUUGCUAAUAUUGUUCUUGGAGUUUUUAUGGGUAUGCAAGUGUUUUGGGAGGUUUGGUUUGAAAUCAACAGAAUAUUAAAAUUGAGAAAAAUAUCAGAAAGCUGUGAAUUUAAAGACAUGUCUAGAAUUGUUAAUGAGCCUAGCACCAGAAGGAAGACUAUGAACGGUUAUGUGAACCCUAAGAGCGCAACAUCUAAGCAAGAUAUAUCACUUAUACUGUACAUUAUCUGUAUUAUGACACUCUCGGCUUCGGCUUUAGCAGCUGUUUUUCUAUUCUAAAUGGAAGCAGUAUUAGCACAGAUUAUUUCAAUAGCUUAUACAAACAGUUUCUUGAAAUAUAUUUAAGCGUGGUUUCAUCUGAUAGACAUAAUUGAGCCGCACCGUAAAAAUCCCAACAUAGUGCAUUUGAAAUCAGCAUGGAUCCAGACCAGCCUGCGCUUCCGCGCAGUCUGGUCACGAUCACUGCUGGUCGCUUUCAAAGCCUAUUGCAAUUAGAGAAACCGUUAGCGAACAGCAUGGAUCCUGAC